AUGAUUGACGACGUCAUUGCGAGUAUGCCAGCGCCUAAAGAUCAGAUAAGGAAGAGAGGCAAGAAGAUCUCCAAGAAGGCUACAGAGGAGCAGCAGGCGGUGCAGGAACCCGUGGCAGCCCCACAGCAAGAAGAUCAAGCAGCUCCCAACUGGCUAUUGGAUUCCCAGCAAGCUAGUACUCCUUAUGGUGAUUUGAACCCAGAUCUCAAGAGCUAUCUCAGAGACAUGGACCAGAGACUCACCAAUGGCAGUACGGCCGACGACGACGAGUACGCAAUGAUGAUGGAGGCUACUCUCACUGAAAUGGCUUCAAACGAACUCUGCUUAUCAACUGAUCCUGAAUGCGCGCUUAUGGUGGAGCACAUGAUCAAGCGCAUGGGUGAUUUCGAGAAGAGGGUCUUUGCGGAUGCCUUGAUGGGCGAAAUCAAUACCAUCAUCAGCAACAGAUUCGGCAGUCACGUGUUGGAGACUUUCUUCGAGUCCUCCAAAGGUACUAUCAUGAGAGAGAGCUCUGGAAACAUUGCAAAGCCUCCCAGCAAUGAAAGCGAGGAACCUGCGGGAGAAUUACGCACUAUAACGAAGCUCAUAGUGGAGAUGGUGGACGAGAUAGUACCUAAGAUCGGCGAUCAUAUCCUCAAUCCACACGCAACCUACCCCGUCAGAUACUUACUUCAUUUGUUAUCUGGCGAUGUAAGCGACAGCGUGAUGAAGCGUUCGAAAAAGUCACAAUAUUGGCUAUCCAGACAUGAUAACUUUGAUGCCGUGAAUGAACAGCAGCCGGAGGAGUACUACCGUCCACCAAAACACUUUAAAGAGCUUUCUAACAAGCUUCGCAAAGCUUUAUUCGACUCUUUCUCCUCUCCAGCUGAGAUAAGGGCAUUUGGGGUGAGUGAUUAUGGAGCACCAAUUCUUCAACUGCUGUUGCACUACGAGAAGAAAAACAAAGAGAACGACAACGCAGAUAGCUUUUUGGAUUCAUGGAUGGAUGGUUUGAUAGGACAGGUGAAUUCAGAAGAUAUCAGUCAAAUUAAGGCUAGCAGUCACGUAACCACUACGCUACUCGACACUACUGCAAGUCACACAACCGAGACUGCCAUGGAAUGUUCAAGCUCUGCCGUUUUUGAGGUUAUUUGGCAACUCUACUUUACUGGAAAGGGGGGAGUGCGAUGCAUGAAGCACCCCGUCGGUAAUUUUGUAUAUGCAAAGGCACUCAAGAGGAUGGGAAAUGAUAACGGUCUCAGCGGGACAUUCAUUGAAAAAGAAUUCGCGGGAGCUAUAACAGCACUGCGCGAGAAUGGAAGCAAAUUAAUCAAGACUAAUAGAAGUGGGCCAUUGAUGGCGAAUUGCGAUGUGGGUGUAUUUCGGGAUGUAUUUAAGGCGGAUGUCAUGGCUGCCAUCAUGCAUUGCUUCGGAUUGAGCACGCGGAGCACAGCACAAGCACAGCAUGUCAUACCGUGCAUGCUUGAGAUGAAGAGAUGGAAGUCAUACCGCCGCUUCCACAAGGAUAUGUUUGAGAAAAACGAUCAAGACGAAGAAGGCAGCUCUGAUGAAGAGAAGGAACAGUCAAACAAGGAGGGGAAAUCGGACAGAUUCACAAGUGCAGGCGCACAGCUAAUUCUGUCACUGUACAAUCUCGGUACACCGCACAACGAAGCCAUACUGAACAGCCUCUUAAAUCUGAGUAUGGAAAGGAUACUAGAGAUAUGUGGUUCAUCACCAGCUUCGCGUAUAAUUGAUGGAAUUAUGGAUUCAGAGGCUGUUACAUUCAAAUAUAAACACAAAUUGAGACUAAAGUUACUCGGUUCGUAUCACCUGCUAGCGGAUAUGAGAGUCGGUAGCAGGGUGGCAGAGAAGAUAUACGAGACUUCAGAUGGAUAUUUUAGAGAGAAGAUAGCCAACUCACUGCUCGAACACGAAGACUUUUUAGCAGGCUCGGCGUAUGGUAAGUAUCUGAUUAGGAAGGUUGGAUUGUCACUGUUUAGGAGAAGGAUAGAGGAGUGGAGGGAGAAAACGGCUGAGGAAGUUAAAAAUGCAGGGCUGACCAAGGUGAAUAAUGUCAAGAAGGCAGCACGAGUGAUUAAUGGUGUAGUUGUUGAUAGACCAUUGAGUGGUGAACAGCACGAGGAUAGAAGAGGACCAGCAGUAGCGAAGAAGCGUAAGUCUAGAGAGGACAAUGAGGAAAAGGAGGAGAUUGUGGAUAAGGCGGACAAGAAUGAUAAACCAGAAUUAGACAAUCGAUCACGCCAGGAGAAGAGAGAGGAAAAGAGGCAGAAAAAGUACAAGAAUUAG